AUGGCUACGAAAUUAAACGAUUUGGACACCAAUGAGUUAGCGAACCUGUUUGAGACGUGGGGUAUGAAAGACUUUGUGGACUUUGUGAAAGAAAAACGGAUUAAUGGAAGAAGUUUACCGGAUGUUUCCGAACUCAUGGUGGAACUCUGGCGACCGAAUUGUGACGCUCAUAAAUUAAUGACGUUUAUUAAAGAUAUGGAAAAAGAUCCAAAGAAAUAUCUGAACAGAUUGAAGAACUAUGACGUCAUCAAAGUAAAGGAGACAAAUCUGUGUAGUGAGAGUCAGUAUCAAACAGUGAGCGUUCGUAAAGUCAGCCAACAAGAAACUACCAGUCAUAAUACUGUUGAAGAAAUACUAAAGAAGGUAACGGCUCCCAAAAGCUUCUUAUACAGACACGCGAAGAGGCAGGAGAAGUCGCUCACUUCCUACCUUCCUAUGGAUGCAGGAACGGAAAAGAAAUCAAGGAAAUUCUUUCGAUUGAGCUCUUAUGACUAUCCGAUAUUCGACCUUAAAAUACAAUUCCCGAAAGUCGAAAGCUGCACCGACAGAGGAUAUUAUUUUAUAAAGCCGUCUAAUAAAACUUGCGCUGCCGGAACCUGCAAAACCGGCGCUAAGCCUAAAUACAAAUCUCUAGUGAGCCAAGAAGAGCUGAACGACAAACUGACAGAGGACCAUUUAUAUGAAGAUUUGUGUUACAAUGAAAUAAAUGUUGACAAGAAAACAGAAUCGCCGCGGGUGGGAAGCUCGCCUCUCAAACCGUGUAUGGUUAAAAUACAUGGGAUGUUGCAACUGUUAAGGUUACCGUUUUUUAGAAAAUCAGAAGUAACUGAAGAAAAGAAAAGUCCAGAAAGAAAAAUUAGUAGUGAAAAAGAUAGAAAUGUGUAUGAAAAUAGUUCGAUGAAUAUGUACGACUCUAUACAUGUAGCAAGAGAUAGCGAAGAGAAGAAAAAUGAGAAACAUUGGAGUUUAGAAGUCGAGGAUUACUUGGAGCCAGUGCAAUUACACAAGGACUACUGCGACGUCUCUUUGAAGGAGAAAGAUGAUUCAUUCCUUAAUUACAUCUUGAACUACUUUGAAAAUCGACUUCGGAGACGUGAGACAAAUGACACUACUCACUCUGAGGGUUCGGAGACAGAGCCGUCUGGAGAACAAUGGGAGAAAAAUGUGGACAUGACGGCCCGACCGCUGCCGGUCCCUGUAGAGAAUGAAUCUUACUACUUUAAUGUUGAUAGGAGUGAAGCAGAAAACCUUCUGAUGGGGCAGCCUGAUGGAACAUUUAUACUCAGACCAUCGAGCCAGUCAAACCACGCUUACACGUUGACUGUCUCCUGUUCCAACUCGGUCCAUAACGUUGGAGUACGCCGGCGACCUGACGGCCGUUUGGCUUUGGGCUUCGCGAGGAAGGGAGAGAGAAGCUUCACCAGUGUGACGUCACUGCUGCGACAUCACAAGAAGAGAAGGUUGCUGCUGGUAGCUGGAGGUGGAAUCAUAGGAGGUACCACGUUGAAUGAAACACCCCAGUACUACCAGGUUCCUAGUAAUAUUCCUGUAAUUUCAGAUGCUAGGGUUUCACCUUGA